CGUAGCCCAAAACAUUCAUUUGUGUAGUGUAUUUUGGGAUUUUAACACAUAACGAUGAAGAGAAGCAAAACCAGGAAAACAGGAUUGAGCUCUACUUUGGUGACCGACAGUUGGUUGGCAUGGAAACAUGAGUGCGGGAUGAAGUUCCAACAACGGCUAUUUAUUGUGGCUGGUCUGGGCCUGGUGGCUGUGCUGGGCCUGGUCGUCCUUGGCAACACACAGCAGCUUAUGGCCAUCCUUGACAUAGGCCAGAGCAACCGUCCCCUCUAUCGAGAAUCACCAUACCAUGGUCGGGUGUUAAGGUCAGUGUCACACGACGUCUGCCAGGGCAUGGGUAUGGUUAUUCCCACAACCACCAUCACAACACAGACGCUGAAAAACCACACCUCCUACGCCAUGAAAAGCAACGGCCAGUAUAUCAUUCCAACAGACACUGUGGAGUCUAAUGAGCCACUCACUGUUAUUGUGGUGCCACAUAGCCACAAUGACCCAGGAUGGCAACGAACCGUGGAGGAGUACUAUGUAGUCUCAACCAAAAAUAUUCUGAACAACAUGGUGGCUAAGUUAAGGAUUUACCCUAACAUGACAUUUGUCUGGGCAGAAACAGUGUUUUUAAGCAUGUGGUGGAAUGAGCUUGACGAUGAUGUCAAAGCUCAGGUUCGCCGCCUCGUGAGACGUGGCCAGCUCGAGAUCGUACUUGGUGGCUGGGUGAUGCCAGAUGAAGCCAGCACACACUAUUAUUCAGUCAUUGACCAGUUGAUGGAAGGCCACCAGUGGCUCGGUGAAAAUCUCCAUACCAAACCAGUCAACAGCUGGUCAAUUGACCCGUUUGGACAUUCUGGCACAAUGCCUUAUCUGUGGAAAAGUGCUGGUCUUGAUAACAUGGUUAUUCAGCGCAUACAUCAAUCCACUAAAGCUGCUCUAGCAAGAAAUAAAAGUUUAGAAUUCCAAUGGCGUCAGGCUUGGGACUCCUCUCAAAAAACUGACAUCCUGUGCCACACGAUGCCCUAUAUGUUGUAUGGCACUAAGCACACUUGUGGUCCCAACCCUGACGUGUGUUUGAUGUUCGACUUCUGGCAGGCCGAGAGUCUCGCCCGGAGAAGCUUCUCAAAACCAAUCACAGUUACAAAUGUUGAGGUUCUUGCUACAGCCCUGUACAAACAGUAUAAAUCGAAGGCUAGUUUGUAUAGAUAUAACACCAUCCUUGUCCCGCUUGGCGAUGACUUCCGUUACGACCGUGAAUCCGAAUGGGAUCAACAAUACCAAAAUUACGACAUGCUUAUGCAGUACAUGAACACGAAGGAGGAAUGGAAUGUUGAUAUCAAAUUUGGAACACUAUCAGAUUACUUCAAUGCUGUGAGAAAAUCAGAAGAAAAAUUAAAACAAGAAAACCCUGAUAAACAGUUCCCAUCUCUUAGUGGUGAUUUCUUUCCAUAUUCUGACAAAAAUAAUGCUUAUUGGUCUGGAUAUUUCACAACACGACCUUUUGAUAAAAAGUUUUCGAGGGAUGUUCAGGCAAACUUGAGGGCUGCAGAAAUGUUGUUUACACUCACGAUAGCAUAUAUGAAAAAGUGGAAUCGUCCAUUUAAGUUUUACCAUGAAACCGCCACACAUUUACAGCAAGCCCGACGUAAUUUAGGCGUAUUUCUUCAUCAUGAUGCGAUCACCGGUACCUCUAAAGCGUAUGUGGUUGAGGACUUUGAGCGCCUUCUAAAUACAGCAUACAACAGUACUCAAAAGGUACUGACAAUCGCAACACAGACGCUGUUAACACAGGGACGUUUGGAAUCACCUCUCAUCCUCAGUCCAGCUUUGUUAUAUACUGACCAUAGGUCACUCCCACGCAGACAGGUCAUUGCAGUCGUCGAGUUUGGCACUAAGGUGAUGUUGUACAAUCCCUCCAUGCAUGAGCGAACAGAAAUGUGGUCAUUACUGGUCAAUUCGGAUCGUCUUACUCUUCAUGACUCGGACAACCAAAUCAUUCCUCACCAGAUCAACCCCGUCUGGGACUCUACGGUCGCUGUACAUGAACGUGUUUUCGAAAUUGUGUUUCUCAAAAAGUUAUCUCCCUUGUCAAUUGAAACACUUUUGUUGUACAAAGUAGAUAAAGUGACAAAGGACAAUUCAUUCCCAGCAGAAAUCACAAUCUAUAAUACCAAACUGCUAGCUGUGCCACCAUAUGCCCGCUUCUAUCAGAAUAGACCUCGGGAUUCUAAACACUUUCAUAAACCUAUCAUUUUGGAAAAUGACUUUUUAAGAGCUGAAAUAAGUCCCAAGGAUGGAAUGCUUAAACAGAUUGAGAACAAAGCAACAGGAAAUGUGACAGUUCUUCAACUCGAGUUUCUUCAAUAUACAUCACAAGGUAGUGGUGCAUAUCUCUUCUACCCUACAGCAGAGGGCGCUGGCCCCUCAUUGAAGGGACUACCUGUUAUCAGGGUGACACGAGGUCCACUCAUGUCACAAGUAGAAGUCAUAUAUCGCCACAUCCGGCACCUUGUUCAAGUGUACCACCAUCCCGGUCCUCAGGGGCGUGGCCUUCAUAUAAUGAAUCUCAUCAACAUGUAUUCACAAGAGCUUCACGAUCGGGAGAUCAUUAUGAGGUUCAAUACUAACAUAAAAAAUCCUGAUUUGUCGUAUUAUACAGACGAAAACGGCUUCCAGUUGAUCGGUCGUUCCACAGAUACAAAACUGCGUACAGAGGCCAACUAUUACCCGAUGACAAGCAUGGCUGUACUUGAGGACCAACAUAAUCGUCUAACACUGCACUCCAGCCAGCCUCAUGGUGUGGCAGGGCUCCAACAGGGGCAACUUGAAGUGAUGCUGGAGAGACAGUUAUUGUAUGAUGAUGAGCGAGGCCUUGGUGAGGGAGUGGAAGACAAUAAACUUACGCUCAGUAAAUUUGUUUUACAAAUAGAACACUUUACUGAACCCCAACCAGCAAAACCAGGGGUCAUGACAUUCCCUUCACUGCUGGCAUUAUCAAUAGGGGAGGCCCUCCAACAGCCUGUUGUGUCUAUGUACACUCAAGUCAAUACAGACAUUCUGGCCCGUGUGUUCACCCCCUCCCAGGGCCCCUUUCCAUGUGAUAUAACACUAGUUAGUUUCCGAAAUCUUGUUAACGAGGUUCUGGACUACCAAGGCACAAGUUUAGUGCUGCAUCGUAGUGGAUACACGUGUUCCCUGCCCUCAGAUGGCACAGAGUGUUCCCUUGCUUCUAAUGUGACAAUUAGUACACUUUUAAAGGACCUACCUGUGGACAGCAUAAGGGAGACAACUCUCACUCACAUGCAUGAGAAGAGAACUUGGAACCCACAUUCCCAACUUCCUAUACCUCCUAUGGAGAUCUCUUCCUACAAAUUGACCUUGUGACCUUGAAUCGGUACAAAACACUAAUCAAACCAUUCCAGUUCAUAAAAUAAUAGAUUUUUACCAGUAUGUGUAUCAUUCUUAAUAUAAUUCUAUGACAAAAUAUGAACAUGAAAUACCAUUUUAAUUCAAAAGUAGGAUAAAACAAUACCAUCAUUACUGUUGUUGACAAGACAAACUCAAUUAGUUUAUGCUAUGGCCCAGUGUCGAUGUGACAAAUUUUCCUCUAAAUCAUUAUUAGAGCAAAACAUUUCAUGUUAAAAUUAUUUGGCUUAAUUUGGUCUAGAGCAGACAAUGAUGUAUUUGAUUCCUUUGGCUGAAAUUUAGUUUGCAGCCAAAGAGAUUUAAUACACCAUGACAGUCAAAUUAAAGAUGUAGUCAUUGUGGGUGAAAGGAGCCUGGACGUAUUGGGAGAAUAAAGGUAAAUAUUUCAAAGUGAAUAUCAAAAUUGAGCAGUGUACUUGUAGUGUAGAUCAAGGAGAGACAUACCAACACCCUUAUCCUUACUUUAAUUUCAGUAACUUUAUUGAAGUUGAGUGGUCAGCCUGAUUAAAAAAAACAAGAGUUGUAAUGUACCAUUUGUUAGACCAGAUUGUGAUAUUAACCAAAACAUGAUAUUAACAGAUCUAAACCACAAAAGUGAACUCUCUGAUGAGAACUACUUCUCACAGAAAUGGUUUGAAAACAAACUUUUCUAAUCUUCUUUGUUCUUACCAUAAGAAACAGCGACCAUUUGAUCUGUUCUUUUAUUUCUUUAACUUGUACCUUUGGCUGACAGGUCUCUCGACCACUAAAAAGAUCAACCAAAUCCAACGAGAUCAAAAUGGCUUAGAUGUACAUAUGAUGAUAAAAAGAUUCUCACGAUAGAAUUUUGCCUGCCUUUAUAGUUUUGCAUUCCAUGUUUAAUAGACACUGUACUUAAAAGUAUUAACAAAUAAAACAGGCGAGAUCUUAAGGCCCUACUGGGCUCUUCCACUUCUGAUAAAAAAUGCCAAAAUUAGGAAAAACAAUAAGAAUUCAGAAAAAUACUAUUAAUUACAAAAAUUUCAUGUUUCCUUAUUUGCAGUUGUUUGACUGCAUGAGCUAUUCAGGUUUCUAGAAGAUAAUUAAUGAGGCUAAUUAAAAGUACCUCGACUGUGUGUGCAUAUAUCCUCGUGUACAUAAACAGAAUUAAAUAGGUACAUUCAAAUUUUAUUGCAUUAUAUAGCAAAUCCAUGCAGCGAUGAAUUAGUGCAUCCACAAUGAUUGCUUGGUAUAUAACAUGCAGAAACUACAAUUAGUGCCAUCAUAUUUUUAGUGCAAUGUUUUCAUUGCUAAAAUAAAAUUACUGCUAUGUAUGUAUAGAGUAACUAACUCAAGGCCAUAGCACAAUGUGUCAUUGUAAUAAGCAAUAUUAGACAAGAAAAUGUCCCUGUGCCCUAGGAAUUCCUGAAAAUGUUUGUGUUGCUGUUGUUGUUGAUGUGUACAGAUAAAUGUCACAUUUUGUACAUAUGAUUUAUUUUACAAGAAAGCUGUGUUAUCUUGUUUAAAGCUUCAUCAGUGUAAAUUCGAAACGUGGAUGUGAUUCUCUGAUUCUUGUUUUGAAAUGUUCGUUUUAAAAAGAUAAAGCAGUGGUACAAGUAUUGCUGCUAUCUAUAACUUAAGGGUAUCAAAGUUUACAUUUUCUAAUUAAGAUCACAGAAAUUUAAUGACUUGAAGUUUAUAUCAACUUUCUUAUAUGAUGAUUUUUACUGAAAUCCACAAUUAACUACAUUGAAUUCAAAUCUGUCUCAUAAACCAGAUUAUGUAAUCAAGAUAUAUGUUUCUGUAGUUAAGACUAACUAGGACAUCAUGUUUAUGUAGUUAAGACUAACUAGGACAUCAUGUUUCUGUAGUUAAGAC